AAGUACAAUUGGCGGUUUUUAUAACCAAAUAAACAACGUCAACAGUGAAUUUUCUUUCAUACUUUGGAAUAACGAAUGUGUACGAAACAUAACUGUAAAUAAUAAUAAUUAAUAUUAUUAUGCAAAAAAAAUUUUUGUCAUUGAUUGCUUUAGAAAAUUUAAGGGAUGCAUUAACUGGAAUUUAAUGAACGGAAUAAAGCUAGCAAACGAUACUUAAAUCUUUGGAAUUGCCAAGAAUUCAAAAUGUCGAAGAAAAAAGGAUUGAGUGUGGAAGAGAAAAGAAAUCGUAUGUUGGAAAUAUUUUAUGAAAAGAAAGAUGUUUAUCAAUUGAAAGAUUUAGAAAAAAUUUGCCCAAAGGAAAAAGGAAUUGUUGCACAAUCUGUUAAAGAUGUUCUUCAAUCUUUGGUUGAUGAUGGUUUAGUUGACAGCGAAAAAGUGGGAACUAGCAUAUAUUUCUGGGCCUUUCCCAGCAAAGCUUUUAAUAACAGAAAAAGAAAAAUCAAUGAUCUAAAUGCAAAACUUGAUGACGCUCGCAAAAAAAUUAAGCGUUUAGAUACCCAGUUUGCAGAAGCUAAAUGUGGCAGGGAAGAUUCAAUUGCAAGAGAUGGAAUAUUAAAACAAUUAAAUGAAUGUCAAAAAGAAGUAAUAAAUUUAAAGGAAAAAAUUGAAAAAUAUAAAGACUGUGAUCCUCAAGUUUUAGAAGAGGUUAAGAAACAAAUUGAAAUUAGCAAAGAUGCAGCUAAUAGAUGGACAGAUAAUAUAUUUGCUAUAAAAUCCUGGUGUAAGAAUAAGUUUUUCAUUGAAGAAUCCGUGUUGAAUAAACAAUUUGGGAUACCUGAAGAGCUUGAUUACAUUGAAUGAUGUAUAUUUAAAUACCCUGAAAAUGAUUGUUGAAUUGAUAGCAUCUGUUUUAGAAAACAAAUUCUUUCG